GACAGCCAUAUUUGAUUCGAUUAUGCUGUUCUGGUUGCGACAACCAGUUUAGCCAGUUCUUGACAAAUAAACGGUGUCUUUCUUCACUACGAGACCAACGUUCAGGUUAAACUGCGACGGAAUCCAGCUGAAUUCACAGUAACAGCAGUUCAUCACCUGUAGUCAACGAUGAAUCCCGAAUAUGACUAUUUAUUCAAACUGCUCCUGAUUGGUGACUCUGGUGUUGGAAAGUCUUGUCUCCUUCUCCGGUUUGCAGAUGACACGUACACAGAGAGCUACAUCAGUACCAUCGGUGUGGACUUCAAGAUCAGGACCAUCGAGCUGGACGGGAAGACCAUAAAGCUGCAGAUUUGGGACACAGCUGGUCAAGAACGGUUCCGCACCAUUACGUCCAGUUACUACAGAGGAGCUCACGGCAUCAUAGUAGUUUAUGAUGUGACAGAUCAGGAGUCCUUCAACAAUGUCAAACAGUGGCUACAGGAGAUCGACCGCUACGCCAGCGAGAAUGUCAACAAGCUGCUAGUAGGCAACAAGUGUGACCUCACAACGAAGAAGGUGGUGGACUACACCACGGCUAAGGAAUUUGCAGACAACUUGGGGAUCCCCUUCCUGGAGACCAGCGCCAAGAGCGCCACCAACGUGGAGCAAGCCUUCAUGACCAUGGCAGCCGAGAUCAAGAAGAGGAUGGGCCCCGGGGCCACAGCCGGAGCCUCGGAGAAGUCCAACGUCAAGAUCCAGAGCAAGCCGGUCAACACCUCGUCCGGAGGCUGCUGCUGAGACCUGAAAGAACAGCCACGACCUGAAUCCACCCCUCCCCACCCGAGCCCACGACCAGUCUCAAUGUUACCAUGCUCCACAGGGAAAGAAGACCAGAGAGAGAGAGAGAGAGAGGAAGACUUUGAGCGGACCGGUUUGUAAUUGUGUGUGCAGCUACAACACCAGACCCCCCCAUCACCCCCUUUUAAGUCAGCAAUAGGACGGUAAGCCCCCCCCUCACAGAAAACACUGGGCGGUUGUUUUUCUUUUCUUACUUUACCAAAAUACACUCAUACUGGAAAAAAGUAAAUGUAAACAGUUUUUAACAGCGUGUGAAGUUAACCAAUGAGAGAAAACACGUGCUCUACAGCUUCUCUUCUUCUGUUGUGUUUCUUAUUGUUUGCCCUGCUCUUCCUUUUUUUGAGUUUGUUAGACGAGUCACUUUUCUAAAACUGUUGAAAAAAAAGAAAAAGAAAACACAACAUUGUCUUCAUUUGGCUGUGAGACGCAGCACCACUUUGGCCCCAAUCUCCUCCAUGUGUAUGAAUUAGUGAGCACUUCAAAUGAAGCACAUGCUUAGACCAGCACCAUGCAUGUUAGUUAGAGCUGAUCACAUGCUCCUCCGGCUGCAUGUGAUCGGCCGCAGUCAUGAAGCGACCGGCUCAAACUGCACCUCCGCUAACGUCACCCGCUCCGACUUCACAGUGUCGCCCCUUAAAAAAACCACGUGCCAGUGCCUUUGCGGCAGGAGAUUUACGACAUUUAUGCCUUCGGUGCUCUUGUGUUGUCGGCAUAUUCCCCUCAUAUGGUGACUUCUUAAAGAAUUGUAUGAUAACAUUCCUGUAUAUAAACCUUCCUUUCCUUCCAUUCGGCUCUGUGUGCUCUGCUGGUGUCCAUGAUUCAAUAAGCAUGUGCUACAUUGGGAGACGUGACGUCAGCCGUGUGUUCUUUUCUCUGCUAAUGUUUCUCAACAGCACAACCACAACAGGAGAAAAAAUCACCAUCCCAGCUCGAGAAUAAUCUAUAAACUGUAUAUAUUUAUACAUAAAUGUAAGAAGUGAUUUGUGUAGAGAAGAAGCAAGUGAAGCGAAUGACAUGAUAAAUAGCUGGAACUAGUAAUCUCGGCACGUGAUUUGUGGCUGCGGACAUGACAUUUUUGUGGCACAAUGUCUACUAUUAAAACAAUGAAGGAGAUCUUUGAUAA